GGUGCAGUCCGUGUCCGUUCAGACGCCGUUGUCGUUGGCUAACUUUAAGAUCUGAUUAGCUGGUUAGAAUUAUACAUUGUCAAGUAUAACAUAAAAUAUAGUGCUCUGCAAAGAACAAGAUGCAAUAUCAAAAAAAAAAUUACUACUGAAACUCCGAGAUCUCUCAUUCAUGGAGUGGCCUUUCAGUUUUCCACUUUGGUCCAUUGUGCUCAUAUUUCUUCCAAUUUUGGCCCUCCUGCAAAAAAGAAAACACAGCAGCAGGCGACUUCCACCAGGACCACGUGGACUACCAUUAGUCGGCAACAUGUUUGAUCUAGGAACCAUGCCACACCGCACCUUAGCCACACUAGGCACCAAGCAUGGGCCCCUCAUAUGGUUAAGGUUAGGCAGUCAAAGGAUCCUGGUCAUUCUAACAGCCAAAGUAGCAACUGAGUUUUUCAAGCACCAUGACCUCUCCUUUGCUGACCGCAAUAUUAACGAGACAAUGAGGGUCCUAGACUAUGACAAAGGUUCAUUGAUCUUAGCUCCAUAUGGGUCCCACUGGCGAGUAAUGAAGAAAAUCUGUGUGAUUGAGAUGUUGACUGUCAGACGGAUCAAUGAAACUGCAUCUGUUAGAGAGAAGUGUGUGGUUGAUAUGAUAAAGUGGAUACAGGAUGCUGCAGGGAAAAAUGAUCAGGAGAUUGAACUUGGUAGGUUUGUUUUCAUUGCAGGGUUCAACUUGCUGGGGAACCUCUUGCUGUCCAAGAAUCUCUUGGAUCCAAGUUUAGAGAAAGGGUCUCACUUCUUUGCAGCUAUGAAUGGGUUAACUCAGUGGACUGGUCUUCCUAAUGUUGCAGAUUUCUUUCCCUGCCUUAAAUGGCUGGAUUUGCAAGGGUUAAAGCGGAAGACAACAAGAGACAUGAGAAUAUUAUUUGAGAUAGCAGCACAAUUCAUCAAGGAGCGUAUCCAGGAGAAGGAGAUGGGAAGAGACAGUGCCAAGAGAGAUUUUCUGGACGUGUUGCUAGAUUUUGAGGGUGAUGGAAAGGAGGAGCCUCAGAAAUUAUCAGAACAUCAUAUCACCGUUUUUAUCUUGGAGUUUUUCAUGGCUGGUACAGAGUCAACAACUAGCACAAUAGAAUGGGCAAUGACAGAGCUACUUGCAAACCCUGAUUCAAUGACUAAAGUCAAAUCUGAUUUAAAUCAAAUUGUAGGGCAGGAAAGAGAUUUCAAAGAGGCGGAUAUCAAUGACCUCCCAUAUUUACAGGCUGUGAUCAAGGAAACACUGCGCUUACAUCCUCCAACUCCAUUCUUGGUGCCAAGAAAGGCGGUUGAAGAUGUUAACUUCAUGGGGUAUGACAUUCCCUGUGGCACACAAGUUUUUGUGAAUGCAUGGGCAAUUGGAAGAGACACAGAAAGCUGGAAUGAUCCAUUGAGUUUCAAGCCUGACAGAUUUAUAGGGUCCAAUAUUGAUUAUAAAGGACAGCACUAUGAACUAAUACCCUUUGGAGCAGGAAGAAGAAUGUGUGCAGGGGUUCCACUAGCUCAUAAGAUGCUGAAUCUCAUAUUGGGUGCACUACUGCAUAAUUUUGAGUGGGAUUUAGAAAGUCAUAUGACUCCUGAGACGAUUGAUUGGGAGGAUAGGAUAGGGUUGACAGCAAGAAAACUUGCACCACUGAAAGUUAUACCAAGGAAGCAUAAGGUAUAAGUAUGUGCAACUAAACUUCCUAUGGACAAAAGUCGUUUCCAUAAGAUCAAACACUCAUGUAGUCCCGAAAGGAAGGACACAAUUUCCCUUUGGGGGUUGUCCCUAAAAGAACUUCUAUUUCCUAUAAAUUUUUUUCUGUGUCUACUUU